CAACCCUCGACUCAACUUGAUGGAAAGGCUCAAAGCUUCCAGGUUUUAUUCAAAGCGAAGCGCUUUCACACACGGUAGUUUGGCCAAACCGGAAUCGCCUUGGUUGUGUGUAAUCAAGUGAACUGUCGGCUCGAUCACGGAUUUAUGACCGGACAACGCAGCGUAUUGGAUGGAGUCGUCCCGAAACCCAAAAUCUCCGAGCCCGGCUGAGACCGCACCUCCAUCAUCUGUGUCCUCGUCGACCACGUCGCUUGACCAUGUUAAGAGACUCAGAGGGCGGGAUGCCAACGUCUACGAUGCCGUUGCAGGUCGCAUCACUCUGAACGAAGCCUUGAGCGACGCGGAGACCGCCAACGGCAGAGGCAGGCGGCGCUUAAAGUCGACCGCCGGCCGCUAUUCGUCACGGAAUCCGAAGCUCGCGCCAGAGGAGGCCCUCUUCCGGCGCAAGAAUGCCCCGGUCCGCUACGCCGAGCAGGACAUCUACUGGGCCAACGAGGACCUCCCCGAUGGCGGCCUUGGCUAUCUGCCCGACAGCGGGCUGCUGAAGUCAGUCCAUGGCUACGCCAGCAGGUUCUACGAGGCAGCGGCGGCCCGGCUGGGUCCCAAGUGCGUUGUCGGAACUAGGAUUGUCGACGAAAGAAGCAUGGAUGAAACGGCUCUGCUGGCGUUUGGGAUCCUGCUCGAGGAGGCCAGCCGCGACGCUCUGGGUAAGAGGGACGAUUUGGUGUUUACCGAGGCAUCAAUGGAGCCAAAAGCCGUGACUGGUGUUGCAGCAGUCCAGGAGACUCCCAGGAUGGCGUCCGCUGAAGCGCCCGGCUUGGUCGGUGAGGCUUCAGCUGCACACCAGACUCGCAAAGUGAAACGGAGAAAGGUGGCAAAAGAGGAGUCUUUAGACGACAAGUAACAUUUGGCCGGACGGCUUGGCUAUCGGACGUUUCGCUCGAGCGGGGUCGUCGCUGUUCCCGAGAAGAAGCAUCUUCGGUAGCUCGCGGGUUGAGGCUGGAGGAGAAGCAAACGGCCCCUUUUUCCAACUGCGUGAGGGCAGAACGGGUGAGAGUCGCGAGUUUGCCAUCAUCUUCUGCCGGAAGACGUGACAGGUAGAGUGGCACGGAAACUCGACUGAGGGAGAAAAGCAAGUUGGCUGCAUUGCAGGAUCGGGCAGGGGUCGGCGUCGAUCGCGGCAUAUUUGCCGCUACGGCCCAACUGCUG